AUGGAAAAUGAAGACUCCCUGGAUGAUAGCACGAGCAGUGAAGAAGACCCCCGUGAAGAGAAAGCAAAGUAUAACACAAACUCCGCAGAAUGUUGCUACAAUUUCUCAAGCGAAGUACUCAAGCUGAGUGUCAUUUCAUAUUACUUUUGGACAUCCUUCUGCUACAUAGCUGGAUCUAUAACAUUUAUAUGUGGCUACACAGCUUCGUCUUUGAGGAUACAUGAUCAGAUAGUGUGCGCAGCUUCGUCCAAUGUGUAUGUCUUUUCAACCUUAUGGUUACUUAUUGGGCUAAUUUCUGUGGUAACCUGUAUAUGUUACGCCAUGGCCUUGGGCGGAGAAGGUAAUCAAAUACAGGCGGCAAAAAACUCCCCUCUUUUUUUAAAUCUACUGGGGAUUCUGUGUAAAACCGUCCCCACCAUUGUCCGAGUAAUCCACAUUUUUAAUUUGUUUCAACUGUACGUAAUGACCAUCGAUGUUAUGAUUUUGCCAGAGUGUAAUUCUUUUGUUGUGAGAUUUGUUCUCUUCCUUGUUCAUAUUUUCUGGUGGACUAUCGUAAUUUUGGGAAUUGUCUCCAGGAGGAAGAUAUUUUUACCUCCUCAUUUGUACAAACCCAUAACAAACGACGUUGGAUAUAUUAUGCAUGUCAAUAAUAUGUUGCACUCUUUUGGUUUAUAA